GUCAUCAUAGGCGUUCUUCUUCACGCAGCUUGCUUGUUAUAUUUUUAUUCAUUUCGAUUAUCACCGACUUGCAUUCGUCAAAAAAUAAAAAAUAAAAUAAUAAUUACAUUAAAAGGAGGAGAAAUAAAACCGAACUAUAAAGUUGACCUUUAACCUGUGUUCGUUGCGUUGCAGUUGCAAUCAGUAACGUUGACAUUAGCUAAAGAUGUCUGCGAAGCGGUGAACUUAGCCAGCUAGCUUUGAAUAGCUAGGUUGCUUAUUUUUUCUUUUAGUUUCAUUUUGAUUUGUAUUUGAUCCUGUUUUUAAAUGGGUUUAAAGGCUAUACCAUGAAACUCCGGACUCAGUAUGACAGGAUCCAUUCUAGUGAGUCCAGAAGAUUGCUGAAAAUAAAAGAAUCAACAACUGUAAUGCAGACUAACUCAAACGAACAUAAUACUCAGGCAGGCAACGGCUUAUCCCUAACUCUGCAACCGGAGUUACUCACCAGAACACCGGCGGCAGGUGGCUCCAGCCCAUCGGAGACUGGGGAGGUCCGUGUUCCAAUAAGUGUCCCACCCGGCGAGAGCAGCGGGCGGCCGGCGUCCAGAAGGCCGAGAACAGGCGCCCACACUCACUCUCACUCCCACUCGCACAGCCAGGGGCACAACCGUCCCCAUUCGCAUAGCGAGCCAGAGCCUGAUCCAGGGGAUACGGAAUCGGAAUCGGGAGAACCCAGCACCUCUCUCUCCGAACUGCGUUACCUCUUUCGAUGGGUUCAAAAAAGUCUUCCUUUCAUUAUAAUCCUUUGUGCCAAACUAGUUAUCCAGCACGCCCUUGGUUUAGCUGUUGGAGUUGGCCUGUUUACAACUUUUCUUUAUGCAAAUAAAAUCAUUCAAACCCAAGUUUUUCGACAGGACCGACGUUCAAAGUUGGAGUGUGUAUGGCUGCUGUCCUUCCUAAUAUCCUCCACACUCCUGCUCUAUUACACUUUCCACGAAGAGCACCUGUACUACUGCUUAAUUUUGGUGAACCCAAAUGUCGAGUCCCCCGGAUUCUGGGAGGUUUUGUGGACCGUGGGUGUGACCAACUUUGUCGUGAAGUUCCUGUUCAUGAGUUUGAAGUGCCUUAUUCUACUAGUACCUUCCGCCUUCAUGGCUUACAAAUCAAGGGGCCGGUGGUACAUGCUCACGGAGGAGUUUGGCCAGGUGCACCAGGCUAUUGCUCCCAUGCCCGUCUGGUUCCGCUACCUGGUCACCUACCAAGAGGUGGAUGGAGUUACCGGUCUGACCUUUGGUAUCCUGCUAGCACUGGUCUACAUCAUUCUGAAGCUGCUGGGACUGUAUGGACUUUGGGGAUCUGUCCAGAAAACCGGUGGCAUAUUUUUGAACAAUGAGCAGAACGGUGCAGCAGCCACUAAGAGCCAGUGCAGUGACGUGGGGGACGUGUGUCCGAUCUGCCAGGUGGAGUUCAGAGAGCCGAGAGUUCUCCUGUGUCAGCACAUUUUCUGCGACGAGUGCAUCUCGCUGUGGUUCAACCGGGAGAAGACGUGCCCGCUGUGUCGGACGGUGAUCACGGACAAAGUUCACAAGUGGAAGGACGGAGCCACUUCACCUUACCUGCAGAUCUAUUGAGGGCAUGAAACAGGACAGAAAAAAGAAAAGAAAGAACAUUGAGAGAACCACAGUCGCCAUAGAGCGUAAAGGAGUUGGCACACUUCACCUGGGUUGUCACCGUCACGGUGUGUUUACACCUUCCUCAGUGACAACUGUAUUGAUAGCAAUAUUCCAUUUGCUUUUUUUUUUUUUAUAUAUAAAGUUAAAACAACUUCCACCUCUCCUAACUCAAGGGCAUUUCACACUGGGCCUAUUUAAGCAAGGGUGCAAAUCAAACCCUGCGUCUCAUUUUGUUAGCUUCCCCCCUCACAUGUCCUCUGGUGAUAUUAAUUAUUUUAUUUCCAUGUUUUUUAUUCCUUUGUAUAUCAUUUCUGGAAUUCCACUUAUCAUAGGGUGGGGUACCAUUUGAGUUUAUAAAUAUUGAUCAAUUGCUCAAGAUUGUACCAAGUAAAAUGUUGUGUCUUAGUACAUUUAUAAAGGGCACGCAUUCACAUUUCAACAACAAAUUUGAUACAAAUUUUAAAGCGUAUACCUGCUGUAUAGGAGGUGAAAACAACAAACCCUCUGGUACUUGCUUCAUUUGAAGUCAAAAGGUGGUUGUUUUUUUGUAUUAUGAAAAUGUGCUGAGCAGACUUUUGUAUUUUGGUCUUUGAGCAGCUGUAUGUGGUAUGGGCUAGACUGUUCCAAAUGUGGCCAGAGAAGAUUCCACCAUUUUGUAUUCUCUUCAGGUUGGGUAGUUUCACUUCAAUUCAGUCGUCACUGCAUUGGGAGAAACUGAAUGGUGCUUUAAGCAGUGGUUGGUUUACUUUGUAUAUAUAUAUAUAUAUAUAUAACAAACAAGAAAUUACACAAGCACCUCAACUGAAUCAUUGAUAUUAUGAAAAUCAUUAUCUUUUUUGAAAUUAUGAAGCCAUGGCGAUUAGGGCUGUGUAUGCAAUUUUUUUUCAGGAGUCAAAAUUAUAUUUUUUAGAAAUUACUACUAUAAACCAUUCACAUAAGUAUGAAUUGUGCAGAACAGUGUGCAAGUAGUUCCAAGCCACAAUUCUGUACGAUUUUAUUUUUCUAAAGUAAAAUCCUGUUAAAAACCAAAGAUUGGAAGAUGCAUCUAUUUUAUUACCAUUAUUCCAUUGUGUAGUAAAAUGUAUGGUUUCACAUAUUUUUCCUCAAUCAACAUCAUAAAUAAAAUAUAUUCUCCAUG